CCACCUCCUGCUUCUGUCGCCCACUGGUCGCCCCCCAUACACGUCUUUCCGGUCGGGCUUGAUCUCGUCUCCGUGCUGCUAGUACUGAAGAAACAAACGCUCCAUUCUGUCGUCUUUUAUUUGUGUAGUCAAAUAAAAGGUUCGUUUUUCUCUUUGAUUGUUUUACGGUUUGGGGACAGAACCGGAGCACUUUCCCGUCUCUGACCGGAGGAGCAGCAGGAGCUCGGCGGAGGAGAGAGAGGCAGGCGGAGAGCGCCGAGCAUCGGCUGGAUGCAAUACAAAGGUAACGAGGCUCCUCUGUGAGCGGACUGCUUGUGUUGUCAGUGGAGACGGAGGAACGGUGUUUUUGCUACGGAGAGCAGAGGAUGUGAAUCGCCAGUGAGAGCGUGAUGGCCGAGCAGGAGGCGCUCUGUUGCAGCAGCAUCGAGCAAAAUGUCCCCGGGUCCUGGUUUGAGGAGUGAAAGCAGAGUGGCUAUCCUUCGUUCCGCAGACUCCAUUACGCACCAGCUGCUGCUCCUAAAUGCGUUCAUUCCUGUUUCCGCUCUGUUCCCGUUCACGCUGUGAGAGGAUGGCUGGCUGGCGUUGAGGAGAACCAGUGUCGGCCCCUCGCUGGCUUCUGGAUCGCGUGUUCUUCCUGCGGCAGAACCACGGACAGCGACGAUGACUCGGCUGCGCAGGAAAGCGCUGGUGGCGCUUUUCCUCUUCACGCUCUUCAUUUUUGGGACCAUGAUGGGCCUGAGGACGCUGAAACCCAGCGACGGCUUUUCGGACCUGGCUCCUGGUAUGGAUUUCAUCGGGGAGAGGUCAGAGAGGAGGCGGCUGGAUGUGAAAGACGUGGUGGUUUCCCCAGGUCAGUUCCACAUGAGCAGCAGCGACACGAAGGUGGUUUUCACCAGAUCGGACCGGGAGUACAGCAUAUUCUACGACGUCCACAUCUUCUACUACCUGUGGUACGGCUCUCCCAGCGUGGACAACAAGUACAUCCACUGGGAUCACGUGCUGGUGCCACACUGGGACCCAAAGAUCGCAGCCAGCCAUGCUCAAGGAAAGCACACGCCUCCGGAUGACAUUGCCUCGAGUUUCUACCCCGAGCUGGGACCCUACAGCUCGAGGGACCCGAAGGUGCUAGAGUCACACAUGGCCCAGAUAGAAGCGGCCGCAGCGGGAGUGCUGGUUUUGUCCUGGUAUCCUCCAGGGGUGGGGGACGACCACGGGGAGCCCACAGAGGACCUCGUUCCUACCGUUAUGGACGCUGCCCACAGGCACAGCAUCAAGGUGGCUUUUCACAUACAGCCAUACAAGGGCCGGACGGACCAGAGCAUGUAUGACAACAUCAAAUACAUUAUUGACAAGUAUGGAAAACAUGGCGCCUUCUACAAAUUCAAGUCGAGCACCGGGCGAGUACUGCCUCUGUUUUACAUCUACGACUCCUACCUGACACCGCCCGAGUCCUGGGCAGAACUUCUGACAGCUAAAGGCUCCCGCAGCGUUAGAGGCACGCCUUACGAUGGGAUUUUUGUUGCACUCAUUGUCGAGGAACGUCACAAAUACGACAUCCUAGCCAGCGGCUUUGACGGCAUGUACACGUACUUUGCCUCGAACGGCUUCUCGUUUGGCUCGUCUCACCAGAACUGGAAGGCCAUCAAGGCGUUCUGUGACGCAAACAAUUUGCUGUUCAUCCCAAGCGUUGGUCCCGGGUACGUGGAUACUGCCGUUCGACCGUGGAACAACCAUAACACCAGGAACCGUGUUAACGGACGUUACUAUGAGACGUCCCUGCAGGCAGCUUUGUCUGUCCGUCCAGAAAUCGUCACCAUUACGUCCUUCAACCAGUGGCACGAAGGCACACAAAUAGAGAAGGCUACGCCCAAGAAAACUGUGACCCGUUUGUAUCUAGAUUAUCAGCCUAACCAACCAGACCACUACUUGGAGCUAACACGCCAGUGGGCAGAGAACUUCAACAAAGAGAAGGACAAGUGGCUGAUGUGAGCGUCAGCUGAGUGGACGGUCUGAGCAUCGCUACAACAUGAUGUUGCGCUCGCUGCCACACCUCUGUGUUCCUCCACACAAAGUUUCCGCUCAGCGCUCUCUUCCUGUUUCGACUGCCUGUCAUUUUUGUACAUGUUAAUAAUGACAUGCACAUGUUGAUGCUUCAGGGUCGCAGUGAUAAACAGCUAACACUGGUUUUGUGAGUAGUGUGGUUCUGACUACUAAACCCAUGUGGAUGUGUACAGUAACUCUACUACUCUGUGAGGUUUAUGUUGUAUUAUCCAAUGCUCCAGACUGUUCUUUCCUGUCUUUCCAUGGUGACAAAUUAAACUGUGUGUCUGUUUACAGUUGGACAAUCAGUUGCUGAUGUGAAAAAGGUCUUAGGCUGCGUUCACACUGCAGGGGAAAGCGCAUCAAAUCCGACUUCUCUGACCCUCUGCGACCAUCUAUCCAAUCAUGGUGUGACGGUGUGAACGGCACAAAUCCGAUAUCUUCAAAUCCAAUCUGGGUCACUUUGGUAUGUGGUGCUGAAUCCGAUACAUAUCCGAUGUUUUAGAAAGCGACUGCUGUUUGAUGGUCACGUCGCAUUAAAUCCGUCUUUUACGUCACCGACACAAGACAGACGCCGACUAUCAGCGCCCGACAUGGUGAACGCUUCUAUCCAGGGAAACUGCUGGGAAGACAGCGUUGGAGAAACGUGAACAUUUUCUUUGUACUGUAUAAUCUGCAGAUUCUGACAGAAAUCUGCAGCUAGAAGCAGCGCUCCUCUGAAACAGCAGUAAGGAUCAUUAUUAGGACAAAUGUAAAUAACAAAACUUUAUAACUUAAAGCAAAACUGGGAAACGUGAAGUCUGAAGUCUUUACAUUAAGGCCAUCAGUCACACAUCCUGUUGCUCUGGGUCUAAACAGAGCGUCGUGUGUGACGUCUUCU